AUGCCAUCUACAUUGAAAUGGCCUGGGAAAAACGAGUAUUCAGUGGUUGUUACAAGCAAUCCUCUGCUGCAGCAAGGGCCAAGAGAAUUGUGUCAAUUACUUUUCGACUUCCUUUAUUUUCGACAAUUUGAAGCAGUUGUGCUUUCGAUUUGUAUUGUACCAGCAAAUCGAGCCAUUUCUGUUUGUUGGAAGCAUAUUGCACCUUCAAAUGCGAAAAUUUGGAUUUUUGUUGCGAUAAUUCCAAACUUGCUACCAUUGUUCAUCGCCAUGUUCAGUUAUCAUCUUGGAAUGACCCGAUUUGAAGAUGUCACUACAUUUCCCGAAAAGGCAGUUAACCUAUUGGUAGCUCGAGUUGAGAGUGAGAAAUAUUGCACGUUGAAAAGCAAUUAUCGAAAACCUGGUGACAUCAUGACAACGGCAUUCCUCAUUUUCUGCCCAUUCGCCUCCUACGUCAUCACUAUUGUACGUAAUUACCUAAUCCUAUCUAUAACAUGA